GAGUGAAGGCCGAGACCCACGAGAUGAGCUAUCAACAACUGCAAGUUUCUACGUGUUGUAGAAAACCCUGUAUGGAAAAUUCCUCGACGCAGACGAUUAUUAAAUCAUAUGAUCAUUAUUGAGUGCGAGAUAAAUGAGAUUUCGAUGACAGGAGGAGAGCUAGAAGACUGCCCAUGACAUUUCUCUUCCGCUGACCAGUGACAAAAGACAGAGUUGAUCGAGCGAGCGAGCACGUGUGAAAAGAUCAACAUUUGAAGCCGAUCGAUCGGAUCUGGCCCAUCUUGACAGCUGAGGAAUGGAAGGCGUGUUAAUGGUUAGCCUAGAUUUGUCAGUUUUGGGGCAAGCAUGUACCAGCAGCAGCUGACUUCUUGUCGAAACUCUGGAGCAGCUCAAGAAACAGACCUGAGACACUCACACACAGUGACAAUGUUCGGGGAAAGCCGGUUCACUCGACCUUCCUGAUGUGGUACUCAAUUUCAGCAUGAUUAAGCAUCACGGUCCAAAAGGAAGGAUACCAUGCCGUGCCAUGGCAUUCCUCCGUCCGAGCCACGAAACUGUAGCUAUGAGAUCGCACGUACGAAAUCCCCUGUAAAGCAGUCAUAGUCACACCUACUCCACCAGGAAAAAGGAAAUCUCUCCUCUUGUCUGGAGGUACGUACAGAUCAGAGUACUUCGGUCUGAGAUCGACGUUUGUAUGUACCUUGCCAGUAGUAACAGAUGAGAAAUCGCCCGGAUUUGCCCCUCGAUCAGUAAUCUAAACGUCACCAUCCGUGAAACCCCAUAGGAGGAGCAAAGGCCCCCUGACAAUUAAGUCUUCACCCAUGGCGGAUGUAGUACCUUCCUACAAAGCGCACUUCUGACUAUCGGAUGCCCGACAUGUGCAUGAUAACGACGAGCUCGGAACGGUUGCCUUGUACCACCUCGUGCUCGUGGUCUGUCAAAGGACCGUGAUCGCGUAAAAGCCGUCCGUGAACAUUUGCGACGUGCAUGUGCUGCCUCCGCAUGCCGGCACAGAGCUUCCAGGGAGGAAGACGGAGUGGCGGUCCUUUUUUGGGAGAUAAAAAAGAAGAGAUUAAUGUUUUUCUCAGUCGAUCUUGAAGUCCAUUCUGCAUGGCGCAACUCACAGGACAGAGUUUCGCGAGACGCAGCUGAGCGGAUGUGCCUCUUCUCUCGCGGUUGGUCCUCUGCACGAUUCACUCGUUCGUGCGGAUGUGCGUGACAGAAUUAAUUUUGAUCGUCGCAUGGUGUUGAGAUGCGAGGGCCAGACGCUGAGAAGACCAUGCACGGAGGAAAUGUGAAGCUUGUGAUGUACUUCAGAUGGAAGAGGAAUUGUCCAAAAGCAGAGCAGCAGCAGGAAGGGGAACGGAUAGUAGAUGAAGCUCUUCAGCACCUCGUCAGGAAGCUCUUCAACUUCUUCUCGUCACCUUCGUCCCAAAGACUGUGAAUCGUGUUUGCGACAAGCCCUACGAAGCCUGAAAUAUCUUGCGGCACCAAGCUCCACAUUUCGAUGAUAAUUUGAUCCCGAGCCUCAUCUCAGCAAUGGACGCCAAUGUGUAAACACGCAGGGCCGAGUGUCAGUGAAGUUGUGGCCGCCCGUUCCCCAUUUCCCACUGGGAAACGCAAGAUUGCAAGAACCAGCAAGCUGCAUAGCUCCGUGGAGGCCAGGCCAUCUGCUCCGGCCUUGCUAAAGUUCAACGCCCUUCGGAGCGAGCUCUCCGAUGCUCGAAAGCAUCGCUGUUCUCUGGUGACGCUUCCACGUGAAAGAGAGAGUGUCUUACUCUCUUGAGCAUGAAUAGGUACAGCAGACUGUCUCGAGAUGCAGGCAGUGUCCGAAAAAUCUUAGACUUUUGACGCAGGCUGCAUGGUCACUUGAGAUGCGUGACAUUCCAUAUUGGGUUGAGUCAGGAAACCGAGAACACAGCCGAAGGCCAAGGUACUCAGCUGCGAAGACCUUCACGCGCCAGAAUUUACCCUGCAAUUUCACAAUAAGUGAGAAUGGCUGCUCGAGUUAGGACUCUGGCUUGUCAUGUUGCAGUGAUGAUACUGGUUGCAGCAGCUGACUGCGCUUAUGGUGAGGACAAUGUGUUUCUUGUCAACGCCAAGAAGGUCUAUCUACGCAAUUGCGGUGAUUCCGACAGCUUCUGCUCGCCCAGUACUGAUUGUGAGACGGAUUGCUGUUGUGAUAUCAUAGCCCCCAUCCCCAUAAACACAGAAGUAGAAGUGCAGUGCAGAGCAAAGGGUCAAAAAGUGUCCAGGGAUCCAUGGUGGCUCUAUGUGUACGUGCCAUCGAUAGACGAGUUCGGAUGGGUGGCAGAUUUCUUCGUUGAAUGUGGUCCAAGAAUCUGUCCCGCCUUGAGGUGUUAAGCCCAGAUUCUCGUUAGAUGAAGGAAAUGUGAGCAUGUCAUUCUGCUCGUUUGUACAUUUUGUGUAUUUCUUCUUUGAGAAAUGGACGGACAGGGAAUGAGAAGGACGUUGAACACAAAUAACAUGUUGCAACAGAGUUGAAGCAGAAUUGAAUCUGGCUCCCCAAUUUGUGAAGGCAUUUUACAGCUUGCGGUGGCAGCACUCCAAGGCUGAAAGUGUUCUUAACUUCUUGCAAAGUUGUCGAGAUGCGUAUGGCACAGACAUCCGGAAUUAACUGGCAGUUCAAUGAAGGAAGUGAAAGGCUGAACGAAGAAGAGUCGCCCGACAUCUUCUCGUCGCUCUGAAGCGACUCGCUUCAGAGAGAUAUGAAAAUUCUUAUGGGGGAAAUAGAUGUCUGUCAUCCUGCGAGAGAACAGGAAUUUACAGUCAGCUCAGCCAUUCCUCUGGAGAGAGUGUCGUUAUGGAAUCCACUACUCUGCUUAAAAAAAAUCCCACUACUCUGCUUCUCCUGAAACUGUUCAGCUGGCUCAAGAACCCUUCCAGAUGCUUCCGACAUCCUCGAGAUGAACCGUGAUGAGGCUUACGAUGCAAGGAAGAAAUCCACACUCUCCAGAGAAGCCGUACUCAUGCACCGGAUCUGAGACUGCCAAUUGUUGCAAGCCCUGCAUUUCCCCUUCUUGUGCGGCCAGGUGAGUGUCUCAAAGGAAGAGAAAAUGCAUGCGCCAGAUAAUUCUGGCACAUGCAUUCAUGAAGGACUGGACGUCGGAAAUAAACAAGGAAAGACUGAACGCGUAUGCAAUCUCGUGGACGAACUCAAAUUCAUAAUAGAAAUCAGAUGAGAGCGAGGAUGUAGUACAGAGGAGAAGACAGUGUCAGAGCGAAAGACUUGCCUAAAUCUCUCUGCACAUAUCUGUUGAUUUCUUUCAGUUGUAUAGACUCGUGAUCAGUAUUUGAUCCAGGUCAAAUUUGCACGCCCAUCCACGAGGCUGCAUACAACUUAGAUUGCAUCAAUUUAGAAUCUGGAGUCCAUACCCCACAAAUGACACAUGUGACUAUCUUGAAUCUUCAAAUCAUGUAGGAUGACUUUCGAUUAAGUCCUUCUACUUCCUAUGAGUCAUUUUGUGAUACUUCAAUAGUUAGCUCUUUUCUAGCUUGUAGAAUUCGAGUCCGGGUUGCUUGGAAACGAUUUUCAUUCCAGCGAAGUGCAUAGUUUUGCACCGAAUCUAUUGCAGUUCUAUAUCACAUAGAUUAACCAUCCGAUGAGCUCUAAAGUUUGUGAGUAUUACGUUGGAAGUGUUCGCACACGAUUAGAAAAACUUAGAAAUGUGAGAACU